AUGUCCGCCGCCAUUCCAUCUGGUGCGUUCGGUGGACUUUUAGCUGGUGCCAUCACUUCUGAUUUGCCGGAAUUGCCAGGGGAUGUCGGAUGGGGAGCGUGCGAUCGCUAUUGCGAGAUUCAGGAGGACAACGUCACUGUCCGUACCAAGGAGGAGAAGGUUGGAGUUCUGAGGUCUUUUGUGUUGGCUGUCAAGGACCGGAGGACAAUUGAUUUCAUCCGUGGACACAUGUACAUGACAGUGCUCAUAUACGCCGUCGCCUUUGUCUGCACGGCAAUCAGCGACUAUUUUGCAGACAAAGUCCCUUAG